CAUCCAGCCAUCAUGAACCGAUUCACCGUCCUGCUGUCUAUCGCCUGCAUCGCCUUAGCCCAAGGUGCAUCCACGGCCCGUAACCCACUUCGUCCAUGGUGGAACGCCCCGACCUCCACCACCAGUCAACGCAUCGUCGGAGGCUUCGAGAUCGACAUCCUGGAUGCCCCCUUCCAGGUAUCUCUCCAACGCGGCGGACACUUCUGCGGUGGAUCCAUCAUCGGUGAACAAUGGGUCCUCACCGCCGCCCACUGUGCCAGCGAUCGGGACGGUCCUAAACUCCAGGUCCGCGUCGGAUCUUCCCGCCAUGCGUCCGGAGGUCAACUGGUCAAGGUCAAGCGUGCCAUCCAGCAUCCCAACUACAACGGCCAGACCAUCGAUUACGACUACACCCUGCUUGAGCUGGCUCAACCCGUUCAGCUGAGUGAGGAGUUCUACGCCGUCGGCCUGCCUGAACAGGACGAACCCGUCGAGGACGGCCAGCUGCUGCAGGUCUCCGGCUGGGGCAACACCCAGAGCGCCCAGGAGUCGAGCAAGGUGCUGCGUGCGGCGAACGUGCCGGCCGUCAACCAGGAGGUUUGCCGUGAGGAGUACAAAAACGCGAACAAGAUCACCGAUCGGAUGAUCUGCGCCGGGUACAAGGCCGGAGGAAAGGACGCCUGCCAGGGUGAUUCCGGUGGUCCGCUGGUGGCGGGAAAUACCCUGGUGGGAGUCGUGUCCUGGGGAAUGGGAUGCGCCCAGCCGAAUUACUCGGGAGUUUACUCGCGAGUUGCGGCGGUGCGAGACUGGAUCAAGGAACAUAGUGGAAUCUAAAUUGUUGAGCGAUAAAUAUCGUUGAAGAUUAAUAAAAUUUCAUUUAUGAAAAACAUUUUGAAAAAAAA